GGGUGUCGGUUGCGGCGUGAGGGGCUCCACCGGGACGAUGGACGACUUCCAGUCGGGGGAGGAGACUUCCUUUGUUGUUGAUGAAGUCAGUAGCAUCAUUAAAGAGGCCAUAGAAAGUGCGAUAGGUGGCAAUGCCUACCAGCACAGCAAAGUGAACCAGUGGACAACAAGUGUGGUGGAACAAACGCUAAGCCAACUCACAAAGCUGGGGAAGCCUUUCAAGUAUAUCGUGACCUGUGUGAUUAUGCAAAAGAAUGGUGCUGGGCUACAUACAGCGAGCUCUUGCUUCUGGGACAACUCCAGUGAUGGAACCUGCACUGUGAGAUGGGAGAAUAAGACUAUGUACUGUAUUGUCAGUGCCUUUGGACUUGCAAUAUAAUUGCCUUGAAGUCAUUCAUCCUUCUCUUUUCUACUCCAGCACUUGAUUCCAUCUCUACUCAAACUGUGAAUACGCUGAACAACUUCUGGUUUUAAUGUACUUUUUAAGUAACUUUUUUUCAAACCUAGACAUGUGAAAACAUGCUGUUACAUGGUUUAUGUUUGUACUUAGUAUACUACCAGUGUUGCCAAACUGUCUUAACACUUCAAGAACUUCUCUUCAAGGUGCUAAUACUGAGAUCUGCUGCAGUGUAAACACUUUCUCUAGAUUUCUUUUUUAAGACCAAUAUAAAUGAGACACCGACUUUCACACUUUGUACCCUUGGUUAGCAUUAAAUUAUUGACAUUCAUAACCA